AUGACCCUUAGCCCAUGCAGGAGCCAAGAUGUUUUGACAUGGAGAUGCUCAAGUAAUGGAAAAUUCUCAGUGAGAAGUGCCUAUCAUCUACAAGGCACCAUUAAAGAAGACAACAAGGGUCAAUCCUCAGAACAACCCUACUUUUCAAGCUUCUGGAACAAACUUUGGGGUAUCCAAGCCCCUCAAACCACCAAGUCCUUCCUGUGGAGGGCUGCAAAAGAGUCCCUUGCUACGAAUCUGAACUUGCACAAGAGAAAGGUGGUGGAAUCUCCACUAUGCCCAAUCUGCUUUAGGUAUCUUGAAUCAGUCUCACAUGCCCUCUGGACCUGUGCAGCAACUCAAGAUGUAUGGUCAAAAAGCUCAAGAAGGAUACAAAAACUGGACAUUCUAAAUGGCUCUUUCAAAGUGAUCCUAAUGCCCUUUCGGAACCAACUGUCCAAGCGAGAACUCACAGAAAUUGCAGUCACUGUAAAGGCAAUUUGGCAUAGGAGGAAUAGUAGGAUUUUUAAAAAACAGUUGCAGUCCCCUUCUCAGGUGUCAAAGCAGGUUCAUGCAGAGAUGACAACCAUUGCCAUUGAUAAAGACAAUUCUAAAGUAGGAAUUGGUGUGAUUGUAAGAGAUUUGGAUGGCCUGGGUAUUGCCUCUCUAUGUUCUUCUAUUACACUAACUCCUAAUCCAAAGAUUGGGGAAGCUAUAGCAGUAAGAGCAACUACAUUGUGUGUUGAACUGGGAUUAAGUCAAAUCAUACUAGAAGAAGAUGCUCUCAAUGUGGUUCAGACUGUUCAACAUAAAGAAGAAAACUAG